AUGCUGGAGCACUGGGUCGUUGUCCAUGUGGACCUCGUCGACAUGGAGGCGGCUUAUCUGGACCCCAAGAGCUCCGACACAUCCAGUCAUCCCAUCCGUAUCAGACACCUUUUGGUGCGCUGGCUGGAAGCGCAUCUCGACCAUGGUAAUAUUGACGAAAAGCUCAAUUUGUUUGAAAAGGAAUGCCAACAGCACGAUGAUACCGGCAUUAUCGCCAUUUCCAAUAUCACCGCGCUUGUCAGAGGCUACUCUUGUUGCGCGGGCAUUGAUCCCGCCCAACGUCGCGUCGAGUUCAUUCAGAAAAUGAAAACCUUCACGCGCUCGAAGCGGCCAAAUAAUCGACUCGGCCAAUGGACCAGCCCCAGCGGUUUGCGAAAUGCUAAAUCAUUGUUCAAGAGUCCACCACCAAUGCCUCAGAAUGCUGAUGCUGCAUCUUUGGCUAACACGCACAAACCUAGCCAGCCCAGGCAUCCCUUGGCUUCGUACAUGUUACCUCCUGCUACCGCUAUUUCCUCCGCUACUACCUCGAACAAGCGCAAGCUCGAGGCCUCUGGGGCCAUUCCCGAUGUCCCAGCUAAGCGGAGGCAAGUUACAGACUCAACUGAGGAGCAGAGUUCUUCUUGGCUGUUCUCCACGUGGUGGGGAAAGAAGGCGGAUGCUUGGGCCGUGCAAAAGUCGACGGAACAGCUCCGCAAGGAACUAGAAAAGGCUGAGGCCGACAUUCAGGCUAUCAAGUCCAAGAUGGACAAGAUCGAACAGAGAAGCGAGCGCCUGUGA